AUGUCCGGCAAACCAUUUCAAGGACUGGUGUUCUGUCCUACGUCUCUCCCGUUGUCGGUUUCUGAUACCAUCUCACAUAAAGUGACAAAACUCGGUGGGACUUAUACCAAGGAUUUGACAAGACUAGUCAACGUAUUGGUUGUUGGAGAGUUAUUCACCGCAAAGUAUAACUUUGCUGUCAAGAAUAGAACUGAUAUCGUGUUUGUUAGUCCGGGAUCCGUUGAUCAGUUGUACGAUGCGUGGCUCGCAGGAGAAGAUCUGUUGCAGUUGGCUAAAUUCGAUAUGUCCCAGUACUUAAAAUCGAAGUACUCUAUCGGGUCGUUUGAAAAAUUUAACUUGUUCAUUGGCAGAAUACGACCUAAUAACCAUUAUUCUCUUGAGUCGUUGGUUCAGUUGUGUAAAUUGGGUAAAGUGAAAUCGGUAGAUACCACGCAUUUCAUUAGGAACUCUUCGUCAUCCAAUGCAUGCAUUUCGUUGUUUAUUACCGAUGAUUUAUCGGGGAACCGUGUCCAGGCUGCUUUAGAAGAGAACGUUCCCGUAGUGCAUCCAAAAUGGAUCAUUGAUUGUAUGGACAGAUCAGGGACUCUAGACUUUCAAUCUUUCUACCUGUUGAAAAAUUGUCAUGAACUUGAAUACUCUGACAUUGGUUCUGGUUCGUACAUUCGUGACGUUCCAGAUAAGAAAAAAUCUGUAACUGAACCAAAUCCCAUGGGUGUACAAGAUGAUUCGGUGAAUCCGUUGAAGAUUGCUAUAGAUAAAUUUAAGCCUCAAGCGAAUCAGAUAUGGGGGAAACUAUUGGCAAGAGAUGGUGAUGCUUCAGCGUCAAAGUCCACUGAUAUUAAGGAAGCCACCCCAACGCAUCAAGAAUGCCUUGGUGAGACAAAGGAUACACCGACCUUCCUGGACUGUCACUUCGUGCUAUUCAAGUUCGAAAAAAGACAGGUUACUAUCUUAUCUAAUGUCAUUCGCGGUAAUAAAGGAACGUCUUCCCUCUUCGAGGAUACAUCACCGUCACCGGCACAGCUGAAGGAUAAGACCAUUUAUUAUAUCUGUCCAAGUGGAUUUCCGGCAAAUCUACUGCCGAGAAUCCCAAAUGAAUCAUCGUGGUUGACAGAAUUCUUCAUCGAACGAUGUUUGUAUUACGAACAACUCCUACCUCCGGAUUUUUGGUCAAAACCUUUCUACAACGAUUUCAAUAUCAUUCCACCUAAAUCGGUGUUACAUGGCCCUAAACUUUCCUUCCAUAUCACAGGGUUCCAUGGCGUGGAAUUACUACACAUCAAUAAAAUUAUAGACUUUUUGAAGUUGAUUGGUUUUGACCAUCAUGAGAAAUUGACGAAGAAGACGGAUUUCUUACUCGUUAACAUCUCCCAAUUGACUUCAAUACCACAGGAACAUACUUUAAGGCAAAAUAAGUACGCGUCAAUGUUCAGGACAGAUUUGGAUAUGAAGAUCUCUGUAAAUCAAGCUCAAAUGUUUAGAAAUUCAAUGAAACGGAAAAUUGAAUUCGUUAAGCAAGCUCAUCAUAUUCCCAUCCUAACUCCAAGUUUUGUCAUUGAACUCUUCCAAAGAGCAAUGAAACCUAAUAAGACUUCCAUGAACAUCUACUUUAAUGACGUUAAUUGGUGUAUUUCUUGUCCCAAGGGUUCUAAAUCUGACUUUGCACUACAAAUAAUUCCAAAGGAAAGAGGAAACGAGGAUCCUUUGCUAGAGAAACCCGCUCCUGUUGAUAUUGCGGCACCUCUGUCAACUGCCUCUUCUGCAUCAGCAGAACUACCUCAUGUUCCAAAUAGAGGGAACCGUUGGGGGAAACUUCUUUCAAAUAAUGUAGAUACAGAGAAUGAGGAAUCAAGCUUUAUCCAAACUGUAGGUCAUGAUAGUGACCAUCUUUCGCAUACUCAGAUCACGUACGGAUCAGCAUCAACGUCGACAUCUGUGCAGCAGAAUUUGAAAAGAAGGAAGAUUUCUACCAGAAGCCAAGCUAAAGACAUCAUUUCUCAUGUUUCAUAA